AUGGAUCCUUUUGGUUUCAAAUAUUCUGCUUUGGGCGUUUCUGAUGGAGAUAAGACCAUUUUAAUAGUAUGUUUAUGUAUGGCAUUGAUUAUGGUUCUUCUUGUGAUAGGAUCAUUUUAUUAUUAUCGACGCCUUAGAUAUGAAAAGGAACUUGUGUUGGAGUUAUGGAAAAUAAAAUACGAAGAUGUCCAUAAAACAAAAAAGGCAUUAGCUGGAAGUGGCAGUAUAAGUAUGCUUAGUCUGUGCACUGGAAUUACGGAGGACACUACUAAUUCUCUGAAUAGUGCUUGUCAAAACGUGAACGGUUAUCAGGUUUUUUCAACGAUUGGUCACUACAAGGGAAUGAUUGUAACUAUAAGACAAUUGAAAAAGUGCGGGAUUACUAUUGACAGGAACACACAGAUGGAACUGAAAGAAAUGAGAGAAUUAACCCAUGAAAAUGUUAACAGAUUUAUUGGAAUGUGUGUUGAUGAAAGGGGACCAAUGGUAUUGACACUUUAUUGCGCAAAAGGAAGCCUGCAGGAUAUUAUUGCAAAUGAAGAUAUUAAGUUAGAUUCCUUGUUUAAAUUGUCACUCAUAACGGACCUAACAAUUGGAAUGAACUUCAUUCACAAUUCAUUACUCAAGUUUCAUGGAAAUCUAAAGAGCAGUAACUGUGUUAUUGAUAAUCGUUGGGUGUUAAAGGUCACAGACUUUGGAUUAUCAAAGAUAAAUUAUUGCUAUAGGAACACUAUACCAUCAGAACAUCAGCUUUUUAACCAUCAGUUUUGGACAGCCCCAGAACAUGUUAUAACGGAAGACGCACAACAUUAUGGUUCACAAAAAGGAGACAUCUACAGUUUUGGAAUUAUUCUAUAUGAAAUUAUUUUCAGGACAGAACCAUACAAUACAGAUCUUAUUUCACCUCAAGUACUAAAGACGAAUAUUGUUGAUAAUAUGAUCCAAAUUUUGGAGAAAUACGCAAACAAUUUAGAAGAAAUAGUUGAAGAAAGAACUGAAGCCUUGAUCGAAGAGAAGAAGAAAACGGAUAGAUUAUUAUACCAAAUGCUACCGUCGCCUGUAGCUGAACAAUUGAAGAUGGGCAACAAUGUACAACCAGAAAUAUUCGACUUAGUCACUAUUUGUUUCUCAGAUAUAGUUGGAUUUACAAAAUUGUCAUCGGUCAGUACUCCGAUCCAAGUAGUAGACUUAUUAAACGACUUGUACACGGGAUUUGAUUCUACAAUUUCGCAUUACGAUGUGUAUAAGGUUGAAACUAUUGGUGAUGCUUACAUGGUUGUUAGUGGGCUACCUAUAAGAAAUGGUCUGAAUCAUGCGAGAGAAAUAGCAGAUAUGUCUUUAGAUUUACUGCAAUUUGCAGAUAAAUUCGAAGUUCGUUUUAAUCCAGAGUACACAUUAAAGUUAAGAAUUGGAUUACAUUCCGGAUCUUGCGCUGCAGGUGUAGUAGGGAGAACAAUGCCCAGAUAUUGUUUAUUUGGGGACACAGUUAACACUGCAUCAAGAAUGGAAUCACACGGAGAAGAUUCGAGAAUACACAUUAGUCAGCAAACAUACGAAAUAUUAUAUCCAACAAAUCGAUACGACCUGACCUUCCGUGGGGAGCUUCCAAUAAAGGGGAAAGGAUUACAACGAACUUAUUGGGUCCAAGGCAAAAAGGAUCUAAUAAACGACAGUUCUUGAAAAUCAAGCGAACCGGAGGAAGACAGUUAUGGAUACAAAUGAGGAAAAAGGAGAAAAUACAGAUUUACGAAAGCAAUCAAAAUUGUAAAAUUGUUAAUGACCCGCUUUUCUUUAAAUCUACUGGUGCAUUUCAGGAAUAUUAAAUAAAUUAUCCAGCAUCUCAUUUAUUGAAACUGUUCUUUGUUGUUUGUCUAUAUAUAUGUCAUUAACUUGAGCCUUUAUCUUUUUUUUGAAUUACCAAAGGGAUAUGUGUAGUCUCAACAAUAAUUAUAUGGUAAUUUUUAUAAAUUUCCUGUUACAAAACUUUGAAUUUUUCAUAAAACUAAGGAUUUUCUUAUCCCAGGAAUAGAUAACCUUAGCCGUAUUUGGCACAAUUUUUUGGAAUUUUGGGUCCUCAAUGCUCUUCAACUUUGUACUUGUUUGGCUUUAUAACUAUUUUGAUCUAAGCGUCACUGAUGAGUCUUAUGUAGACGAAACGCGCGUCUGGCGUAUUAAAUUAUAAUCCUGGUACCUUUGAUAACUAUUUACACCACUGGGUCGAUGCCGCUGCUGGUGGACGUUUCGUCCCCGAGGGUAUCACCAGCCCAGUAGUCAGCACUUCGGUGUUGACAUGAAUAUCAAUAAUAUGGUCAUUUUUAUAAAUUUCCUGUUACAAAACUUUGAAUUUUUCAGAAAACUAAGGAUUUUCUUAUCCCAGGAAUAGAUUACCUUAGCCGUAUUUGGCAAAAUUUUUGGGAAUUUUGGGUCUAUUUUGAUCUGAGCGUCACUGAUGAGUCUUAUGUAGACGAAACGCGCGUCUGGCGUAUUAAAUUAUAAUCCUGGUACCUUAGAUAACUCUUAAUUCGCAUUCUUUUCAAAUGGAGUGUCAUGGGUCAAAUGAUAAAAUACGCCAAGAAAUAUAUAUAUGGUCUCCAAUUUUAAAGGUCAAAUGGUUAACAACAUUACACACUUUUGUUUCACAAUAUGCUAUUAUUGUCAUGCUGUUGACUUAAGUCGAUGCCACUGCUGGGGGACGUUUUGACCCCGAGGAUGCAUGUAUCACCAACCCAGUAGUCAGCAUGUUUGUUUUGACAUGCAAUAUCAUUGAUACGCCAUUUUGUAUGCUUGAAUUGUUUAAAAUUCAUUCAAAAAAGCCUUAGCCGUAUUUGAGACUACUUUUGAAAUUUUUGGAUAUAAUUACUCUACAGCUUUGCUUUUGAUUUUAGCAUUCUAAUAUUUUUGAUUCGAGCGCCAC